AUGGAUUUUGAUCGGGUCCUUGAAAAAUGUGGCAAUUUUGGUCCAUACCAAUGGGUGGUCCUGUUGCUGUUUGGUUAUACGAAUGUCUUGUCUUCGAUGCAUUAUUUCUCACAGACAUUGAUAAGUUUCACCCCGGAACAUUGGUGUUAUCAUCCUGAAUUAGGGAAUAAGACAUUUGACGAAAUCCAUAAUAUUUAUGAGGAUGUUUCGAGUCCUCACUGCACAUUAUUGGAAAGUGUGGAUGCUAAUGGUACUGCAGUGGCCGCACAGGGUUUAUUGUGUCGCCAGUGGAUUUUCAAGGAUGAAGUUGGAUAUGAGAGCAUAACAAUGGAGCUAGGGUGGGUUUGUGACCAGGCUUUUAAUAAUGCCGUUGGACAAUCAUUCUACUACAUUGGCGCUGUUGUCGGUACCAUAACUUUUGGCUUUCUAGCAGAUAAAAUUGGUCGUCUGCCAGCUAUAAUUCUGAGUACUUUAUCUGGUGGCAUUGGUGAUUUUCUGACGUCGUUUGUGCACACCGUACCCAUGUUUUCGUUGUGUCGUUUUAUAUCCGGUUUAUCGACAGAUACAUUUUAUGUUCUCAUGUAUAUAUUGGCUUUCGAAUACCUGAAUCCAAAGAAACGUACCUUUGGCCUGAAUAUUAUUCCAGCUGUCUUCUAUUGUGCUGGCCUAAUGUUCUCACCCUGGUGUGCAAUGUGGGUGCAUACAUGGCGUAAAUAUCUGCUGGUAGCAUCGACCCCUGUACUUCUGGUAUUUAUCUAUCCCCUGUUCACCUGUGAAAGCGCCAAUUGGUUAUUGACCCGCCAAAAAUAUGAUAGUGCUGUGAAAUGCCUCAAACGAGUAGCAAAAUUUAAUGGUCGUGAGGUUGAGGAUAGCGUUUUCGAAGAGUUUAUCGAAUACUAUAAGCAAAAAAUUAAGCUAGAGGAAGAGAAACUGACCAACAACGACACCUUUUGGGGAAUGUUCAAAACACCGCGGCUAAGGAAAUUCACAAUUAUUUUGUUAAUAAAGAGCGUCAUCAUUACCAUGUCAUUUGAUAUUAUCUCCCGUAACAUGGAAGGUUUGGGUUCGGAACCUUUGCACCUCUUCUCGUAUACGUCAGUAUGUUAUAUCCCAGCUGGUCUGACCAUCAUAGCUUUUCAAAAUGUCAUCGGCCGUAAGGGUAUGGCCAGUAUAUCGUUGCUAUUGGGUGGUAUUAUAACAGCAAUUACUGGUUUCUUGGUGGCCUAUAUGGAUCCGAAAGCUAAUGCCACAUUGUUGGCAAUUAUGGUUGGAUUGGGACGUUAUGGUGCCGUGGUGGCUUAUGAUGCUGAGGCACAAUAUUGCACAGAGAUAAUACCGACAAGUGUUCGUGGACGUGGUGUGGCUAAUAUCCACGUAAUUGGUUAUGCUUGCAGUUUCCUUAAUGCUUAUGUUCUGUAUUUGGCCAAUUAUUAUCGUCCUCUGCCAUCGAUUUUCAUUAGUAUUAUUAUGUUGGCCGGGUCGAUAUUGUGCCUCUUUUUACCGGAAACAUUGAAUAAAAAACUGCCAGACACUCUCAGUGAUGGUGAGGUCUUUGGCAUCGGUGAAAAAUGGUAUUUCUUCCCAUGCUGUGGCAGUAGAGGCCAGGGCAAGGAAGACACUGACGACAAUCAAAAUACUCAACGGAAAUUAAGUACAAGCUCUUAG